GACGGAGCGGCCGCCUGCUCCGCACGACGUCCGCCAGUUUGUUGUCUUCGUGAGGACGCCGUCUCUCUGGAGGCCGUGAAGACGACGGAGUGGCGCGGGAUUCGGCUGACAAUGCACCCGGGACGCGGCUCGCUCCAACACGGUUAACUUUUUUCAGCUAAAUGAGUCGACAACCGAAGCUCAACUUCAUCGAUCGCGGGGAGUUUUUUUUUUUCUCCCCUGAUUCACUCAACGGAAGUCUAACUCGGAUGAACACCGACAUUUGAAGAAGUGGAGUUCGUCUUUUGUCAGAAUACAGCGCGAAUUUAAUGGGGCUGGUGUCUUUUGCAACUUUUCCCCAGCGACACUGGUGCAUAUUGUCGUAGCAGCACGCGUUAAAGUCAGCUAACUGUAGCAGGCUAGCUACAUGCGUUAGCUGUCAGCCUGCGUUCACAUUCGCCUAACUUUUUAAUGACAAUGUCUUUUGUACAUUGUGCAACAGGUAGACCUUCUGCAAUCACAAGGAAGCUGCAAAACCCCGUAGAUCUUUAGAAACUUGUGUUUUCUCGCAUGUCGGGGCGUUGUCGUGAGCGCUAGUUUGUUUUUUAAAGGUGAUCCCGUAUCUCAUUAAAGAAGAUACAUUAAUAAUGUUUCCUCUGCAUAUAGUCUAACCCAUAUUAACACAACCAUGUCGGAUCAUUGGGAAUAGCGAAAAGACUCUAAAAGGAGAUUCAGCACUUCAGCUCCACGUUUUGAUGCUCAUGUGAACGGUGGGAAAACAGACCAGGAAACCUUGCAGUUUGACCCACAGGGGAUACAGUAGCUUGUCUGGAGUCCUCAUCAGUUUGUGCACCAAAAUGUCGGCCAUCUCCGCAUCCGAGAAAGUGGACGGGUUUACGAGGAAGUCCAUGAGGAAGGCGCAGAAACAGAGGAAAUCCCAGGGCUCCUCUCAGUACCGCACGCAGAGCGCUCCGGUGGAGCUCUCCCCGCUGCCGCAGCUCAAAGAUGCCCCCUCCACCGAGCAGCAGGAGCUGUUCACGCAGAAGCUCCAGCAGUGCUGCAUGCUCUUCGACUUCUUCGACUCGGUGACGGACCUGAAAAGCAAGGAGAUCAAGAGGGCCACGCUCAACGAGCUGGUGGACUACGUUUCCACCAACAGGGGCGUCCUGGUGGAGUCCACGUACCCAGAGAUCACUAAUAUGAUCAGCACCAAUAUUUUUCGGUCUCUGCCACCAAGCGACAAUCCAGAUUUUGACCCAGAAGAGGACGAACCCACUCUGGAGGCUGCGUGGCCUCACAUUCAACUGGUUUACGAGUUUCUGCUGCGAUUUUUAGAGAAUCCAGAUUUCCAACCCAGCAUUGCAAAAAGAUACAUCGAUCAGAAGUUUGUCCUGCAGCUGCUGGAGCUGUUCGACAGCGAGGACCCGAGGGAGAGGGACUUCCUGAAGACCAUCCUCCAUCGGAUUUACGGAAAGUUCCUGGGGUUGCGAGCCUUCAUAAGGAAGCAGAUCAACAAUAUUUUCCUGCGGUUCGUCUACGAAACCGAACACUUCAACGGAGUCGCCGAGCUGCUGGAGAUUCUGGGAAGUAUCAUCAACGGGUUCGCGCUGCCUCUGAAGGCAGAGCACAAGCAGUUCCUGAUGAAGGUGCUCAUCCCGCUGCACACAGCCAAAGGACUGGCUCUGUUCCACGCACAGCUGGCCUACUGUGUGGUCCAGUUCCUGGAGAAGGAUCCUACGCUCACAGAGCCGGUGAUCCGCGGUCUGCUGAAGUUCUGGCCUAAAACCUGCAGCCAGAAAGAGGUGAUGUUCCUGGGUGAAAUCGAAGAGAUCCUCGACGUCAUCGAACCAACGCAGUUCAAGAAGAUCCAGGAGCCUCUGUUCAAACAGAUCUCCAGAUGUGUAGCCAAUCCACAUUUUCAGGUGGCCGAGCGAGCGCUGUACUUCUGGAACAACGAGUACAUCCUCAGCCUCAUCGAGGAGAACAUCGACAAGAUCCUGCCCAUCAUGUUCGGCAACCUGUACAGGAUCUCCAAAGAGCACUGGAACCCGACGAUCGUCGCUCUGGUCUACAACGUGCUGAAGACGCUGAUGGAGAUGAACUGUACGCUGUUCGAUGAGCUGACCUCCUCUUAUAAAGCAGACCGGCAGAGGGAGAAGAAGAAGGAGCAGGAGCGGGACGAGCUGUGGAAGAAGUUGGACGAGCUGAGGCUCAGCAACUCCACCCUGGUCCAGAACAACAGCCACGGGCCCCCCAGCAUCCAAAACAACCACAACAACAACAACAACAACAGCAGCAGCAGUAAUAGUAAGAGCGACACCCAGGACAGGAGCAGCGACGCUGCCGCCGUCGCUGCAGACCUUAACGACCCAGACGUGGGCGUUCCAGCCAGCGAGAGCCUCACAUGUGCCAAAUGACGACGGAUAUCCACUUUUCACUCUGUGACGGUUUGACGCCGUGUUCAGGACUGCCGGGGGAUGGGGGGGGGGGAAUCAACGGAAAGAAAAACACACCUCAACAGUAUAUUAAAUCUACUUAUAGUGACUUAGCAUUUCUUUGGCAGGUUAAGAAAAACAAAAAGUAUAUAUUUCAAUUUAAGACUAUUUUUGGAUGUUACAGUGUGACUGCAGUAUAUUGUUUAUUUGUCUGAUCAAAGAUUUAUCCUUUCACAAUUAGUUUCUUAAUGAAAAUGAUUUUUUUUUUCUUCUUCUUCUUCUGUUGUACUCGUAUGAUAGUCGGGGGAGGGGAGAAAACGACAAUGACUUGAAUUUAAUGUUUCCGAUCGUGCUGCACUUAGAAAAAGCCGAACAGCUAUUUAAAGACGUCUAUUUUUAAUGUGCUUUUCCUCGUUCGCUGCCAACACUUGAGUGCAAACCUUAAAAGAGAAGGGAACGGCAGAUUUUGGGAGUUUCUUGUUUUGUUUUUUUGUUUUGUUUUUUUUUUUCUUUCGUUCUUUUCAGUUUUUCGGGGGGACCACACCCAAAGUCAGGCAUUUAGUGUUCAUAAUGGAUAUCCAGACCUGAGGACAGACUCAGGAGAUGCUGGAAGACAGUCACAGAAUGGGAGAUGCACAAAUAAAAUAAAAAAAAACAAAACAAUGACGAGUAAAUAAAAAAACAAAAACUCAUAAAACAGAGCAGCAGCUCUGGAAGUGACUGUACUUCACUAUGGAUUUCACACUGUUUCUUUGUGUUUGGGGUGUUGGUGAAUAUUUCUCUGUGAGCUUGGUGGAUAAAAGAAAAAAAACAUGAAGCUAAUUAUAUCCUAACAGGGCAACCGACUUUACACUAAAGUGUGUGAGAGAGGGCUUUCUCAGGACGAGACCUGCUUUGAAAUGACUGAAAUUAAAAGCGUUCGACGUGUCGUGACAGCAGGAGGACGACGACUCGGCCUCCCGUUCAGGCCAGGCGUUCGCCUCAAAUGUUGAACUGUUCCUUAAAAGCAGCCGAUCUCAAAGCGUUCUGCGAGACCAACAGGACUAUAUUUUUCCAGAGUGUCACUGAGGCGUAUAUUUUUCGAUGUUUCGGGAUGGCGGCGGGACGCAGGAUGUCUUGGAGUGUGUAUCCGUACCGUCUGUGUAUGUGUGGGUUGUGGAGGCUACUUAAAGGGAAACGCCACUCGGUUUCGUGUACAGUGUGUUUGUCUCCGUGGUCCUAGGAAAAGUGCGGUCAGUGGUUCUAGAGACAUAAAUGGUUCUUGUUAACGCUGCGUGCGUCCGAGCUCUGCUCUUCACGUACACGGAAACUGUUUCACAGCCGACCGCCAUGUAGAAGAUAACUCCAUUAAGCUCCACAGGACUGUUGCUGCCAGGUUACAUAGAGAUCAACGUUUAUUCUCCGGUUUCCAUGAACUGAAUAUGACUGCCGUAGAUCAUAGGACCGACUCCUGAGAGUGACUUUUCUUUUCUUUUCGUUUCUCGAUCGACUGGUGUUCCCUGUGCAAACCUCGGCGUCUGCUCUCUUACUUUGACCGUUCAUGUUUUAGGUCCAGUCUUCUCUGAUUGCCUUUCUGUCAGUACAGCAUUCCAGCCUCUGUGACGUUUUAAGAAACUAUGUGGGGAGCCUGUUUUGUAAUCACAGAUCUUAUUUAGGUUUCACCAUCAAAUAAAGUCUACUUUUAUCUUUCUA